GUUUUAAAACAUCCACCAUUGUUACCAAACAUAGAAGAAAAAAAACACACACGUAAAAUUCAAAGACAGCCUAAAAACCACCAAAAAAAUUCAAACGCCAACUCAAAAGACUAUUUGAUAUUUCAUACACAUUCAUCAUAUCAAUAUAUCAUUCUUCUUGUUCUUUAUUCUUUUCCUUCAAUCUUGAAUUUUAUUCUCUUUCUCUUAUUAUUUUCUCCCUCUCAUAAACUUUAACAAAAUUCGAUCUCUGGUCGAAUAUUAAAAAAAAUAGACCAGAGAUCGACGUACCAUGUCCCAAUUUCGAAACAUCCAUAACACGAAGUAAAUAUAUCGAUGGAUAAAGGUGUGUUAUUCGGGAAAUACGAGGUGGGUCGAUUGCUAGGAUGUGGUGCUUUCGCCAAAGUAUACUAUGCAAGAAACAUCAAAACUGGCCAAAGCGUGGCAAUAAAAACCAUCAACAAAAAGAAGAUCACGAGUUCAAAUCUCAUGUCGAAUAUAAAAAGAGAAAUAACCAUCAUGGGUAAAGUUCGACACCCAAACAUUGUACGUUUAUACGAGGUCUUAGCAUGUAAGACCAAGAUAUAUUUUGUUAUGGAGUUUGCUAAAGGCGGCGAGCUCUUCGCUAAGGUGGCGAAAGGCCGAUUUAGCGAAGAGCUCAGCCGCAAAUAUUUCCAACAGCUGAUCUCAGCUGUUGGAUAUUGCCAUUCUAAAGGUGUAUAUCAUCGUGAUCUAAAACCUGAAAAUCUCCUAGUAGAUGAGAAUGGUAAUCUCAAAGUUUCAGAUUUCGGUCUUAGUGCAGUUAAAGAUCAAAUCCGACCUGAUGAUGGAUUAUUACAUACAUUAUGUGGGACACCCGCAUAUGUUGCGCCCGAAAUCUUGACGAAGAAAGGAUAUGAUGGUGCUAAGGUGGAUAUAUGGUCAUGUGGGAUUAUAUUGUAUGUUCUUACAGCUGGUUAUUUACCGUUUAAUGAUCCGAAUUUAAUGGCGAUGUAUAAGAAGAUAUAUAAGGGUGAAUUUCGGUGUCCUAAAUGGAUGUCUUCGGAUCUUAAACGAUUCUUAAGUCGUUUACUCGAAAUCAAGCCUAAUGCUCGUAUUACUAUGGAUGAGAUUAUCCAUGAUCCUUGGUUUAAGAAGGGUGGAUUGUUUAAAGAUAAAGGUCCCGAGUUCAAAUUUCAAUUUUAUCAAGAUUACUCUGUUUACGAAGAUUUUGAUAAACACGAACUGCAUCAGCCACACCAGCACCAGCACCACCAGCACCAGCAACAGCAACAGCAACAAGAGAUGGUAGACAUGGGCGAGGCGAGUAGUAGUACUAGUACUAGUAGUAGUAUUAGUAGUACUUCGUCAUUGAAUGCCUUUGAUUUGAUUGCCUUUUCAUCAGGGCUAGAUUUAUCAGGGUUGUUUGAUAAGUCAUAUAACCCCAUUGUGGACGGGGAGAAAUUCUUGUGUUCUUUGUCUGUCGAUAAAAUCAUAGAGAUUUUUGAAGAAGUCGCGAAUGGUGAGAGUUUGAAGCUUAAUAAGAAGAAGGAUUAUGUGGUAGACUUGCUAAGUUCGAAUGGGAGAUUUAUAACCAGGGUUGAGAUUAAUCAGCUUACUGAUGAGCUUGUAGUUAUUGAAGUGAAGAAUAAAGGAGGAGAUUCUAUAUGUUAUAAUAACAUUUGGAAGAAUAAAUUGAAGCCCAAACUUUCUGAGUUAGUAUUUAACUCUGAAAUACAAUCUGAUGAAGAAAUUGAUGCAGCACAUGAAGUUGAUGUUUCUGUUGAGUGAUUGAUCAUAUUCUGGUAUAUAUUUGGAGUAUUUCUGAUUAUAUUUACUAAUACAACAUUGUUCAAUUUUGGAAAAUUUGAUAUUGUUGUUUGUAUAAUAUUGUGUGUCAAAAGAAUCUAUCACUUAGAUAGAAUGUGUGAAAACUUUUGUGGGUGUGUUUUUAUUUCAUGAUCUGUGAUGUUAAGAGUUUGAGUUACAGUAUAAUGAUCUUCAUGAAUUGUUCCAGUUGUUUGUGAUUGGAACAAUUCUAUUAGUAGCACUAUGUGUAAUAAUUACAAUAAAAAUAAUCUAAUGUAUUGAGAGGGAGAAAGUAGUAUGAUCCGGGUUUUUCUUCAUCGCCCGGAUGAGAAAAAAUUUAAAGGUAACAUUUGUUAUUUCCAAAAAAAAAAAAUUACUUGAUACGUUUGUAAAUUGUAAAUGUUAUAUU